UAGGACGAAUCCCUUUCUACGGCAAGAGACCAACUUGUCUCUUUCCGUCUUGCCUAUCGACACAUUUCUUGAGCAUUUAUAGCACUAUCACCGAUCAACAUGAAGUACACUUUCGGUCUCGUCUUGAUGCUGGUGGGCUUGGCCUCCGCACAAUUUCAGUUCUUCGAACAAUUCUUCCAGCAAGGAGGACAGCAAGGCCAAGGUCAACAGGAGAAACAGAACACCAAAAGUGAUUCGAGUUGGUUCCAACAGAAUUGGGAAGCAGCGCACUGCUCAAAUUAUCUUUGUCCCGACACUCUGGCUUGUGUCCAUUUCCCUCAUCAUUGUCCCUGUCCCUUCCCUCAGGUAGAGGAUAAGGUCGAAUUAGGCGAAGGGAUUGCAGUAUGCGCAAGCAAAGGAGGGUUCAAAGCUGGCGAGACGGCUCGCAAGAUCGAAUUGGCUAGGAAAGGCCUCAUUUGAUUUCGUGGCGGUAUACUCCCAACUCCGAGAGCGUCAACAUCGAGUCCGGCCAUCAUGGAUGUCGAAUCGACACAGUCGUCUAGAUCCUUUCUUGUGUCUAGGAUC